UUGAUAAACACACAUAAUAAGUCAGUGAGAAGUGAAGAGCGCCUGUCGGAUAGCGAAUCAACAGCCGCCGUUUGCAAAGGCAUCGUGAAAGAUACCGGAAAUGGUUGCGAGAAUCCCGCCGUAAGACGUUCCCAAAGAACGGUUCUAUUGGAACCAGUGGUAACACGAAUGACAACAAGACACGCUCCAAGUGCCACUUCAGUACCAGUAUCAGCAACAAACUUUGAAGAAACAAAUAUGCCCUCAUUAACAUGA